UCAAAACCAGCCAAUGAUAUUCACAAUAUGGACAUCAAUGUCCAUAAGAUCCCAACAUUAAUGUCCACCUCCUUGCCUACUUAGAGCACAAUAAGGAAGAAUCACUCGAUGCUCACAAGGGCCUUUACAAAGCCGGUCAAGAGAAGCCCUAGACAUGAAGAAAACCAAAAUGUCGACCAGCCAGAGACGACCAUCUUCUACGAGUAUGAGGACUGCCUCGUGGGGUUCAUGGACGACAUCCCCCUUGUGGCUGCCUUCAAUGGCCGAGGCAGCUCGUGGUCGCCACCGCCGACCAUGAGGGAGGUGCUAAGGGCUUCGGUCGGGGUUAUGGGGAUGAGCUGCCUCGGGAUGACGGAGAAGGUGGUCUUCCUGGGCGGCAGGAUCUGUGCAGUCAAGAGGUUUAGGGAGGUAAGGUUGAGGAGAGCCGAGUUCGGAUGGAGGAUCAUGCGGACGACUGAGAUUAGCAGGAGGUGCGAACAUCUGGUGCCGGUGACCGCUUAUUUGUAUUCCAAGAGGAUCAAGUUCGUGCUUUGCGAUUACUAUCCUAUGGGGAGCUUAGCUGACCUCCUUGCUGGUUCUAGACAGCAUGGCCACACCGCCCUAGAUUGGAAUCAGCGACUCAGGAUCGUGCAGGACAUUGCCAGGACGAUUGCGUUCAUCCACUCCCAGUCCCCAGCCUAUGUGAAGCGGAUGCACUUGAAUGUGCACGGCAACAUAAAAUCCUCAAACGUCAUGAUCAACAUCGACUUCUCAGCCUGCCUGUCUGAGUAUGGAUUUGCCCAGCUUGCGGGGCGUGUGGAGAUCCCCGACAUGUGCCAGCCCAGGCAAGGCUCCCAGCAGCCUCAGUAUCAGCUCCCCCACUAUGUCUACUCCAAGGAGCUGAGCCAGAAAGGCGACAUAUACAACUUUGGGUUGAUUGUCCUGGACAUCCUGGGAGGGCCGGAGGCUGUACUGGACUACAAGAACUGCAUAGUACAGAAGGACGGGAUUCGAGAUGGGAGCAUCGAGUUCUUCGAGUUUCUCGUGGAAGGGAAGGAGAAGAAGCACGCCGUGCAACUGUUAGAGAUCGGGUUAGCUUGUAUAAACCAGUUAGACGAGGAAAGGCCCUCGAUAGAACAGAUAUUGCUCAGUCUUGGGAGCGUCGUAAGCAACCUUUAGUUUUUUUUUUUUUCCUUCCGAUGGUCGCUUGUUUUGAGCCAUUGGACGAUAUUUACAUAUACAUAUAUAUAUAUAUAUAUAUAUGUAAAACGUACACUAUUCCUCUCUUUUGAUGUAGCUCUGGUUCCAUCAAUGUUUAUUAUUUGUAGGGUUUGGCCAUGAAAUGGGAAA